CAGUUCCCGGCAUGCCCGAGGAGGCGGGGCCCAGAGGCUGCCGGCGCCAGGGCUCACGUGACUUCAGCAUGGCGGUGUUUGCCGAUUUGGACCUGCGGGCGGGUUCCGACCUGAAGGCGCUGCGUGGGCUCGUGGAGAACGCUGCUCACCUGGGCUAUUCAGUUGUUGCCAUCAAUCAUGUUGUUGAAUUUAAGGAAAAGAAACAGGAAAUUGAAAAACCGGUAGCUGUUUCUGAACUUUUUACAACUUUGCCAAUUGUACAGGGAAAAUCAAAACCAAUUAAAAUUUUAACUAGACUAACAAUUAUCGUUUCGGAUCCGUCUCACUGUAAUGUGUUGAGAGCAACUUCUUCAAGAGUCCGGCUGUAUGAUAUUGUUGCAGUUUUUCCAAAGACAGAAAAACUUUUUCAUGUUGCUUGUACACAUUUAGAUGUGGAUUUAGUCUGCAUAACUGUGACAGAGAAGCUACCAUUUUACUUCAAAAGACCCCCUAUUAAUGUGGCAAUUGACCGAGGAGUGGGCUUUGAACUUCUCUAUAGCCCUGCUAUCAAAGACUCCACGAUGAGAAGGUACACAAUUUCCAAUGCCCUCAAUUUGAUGCAGGUCUGCAAAGGCAAGAAUGUAAUUAUAUCUAGUGCUGCAGAAAGGCCUUUAGAAAUAAGAGGCCCAUACGAUGUGGCAAACUUAGGGUUGCUGUUUGGGCUGUCUGAAAGUGAUGCGAAGGCCGCAGUGUCCACCAACUGCCGGGCAGUGCUUCUGCAUGGAGAAACUAGAAAAACUGCUUUUGGAAUUAUUUCCACGGUGAAGAAACCUCGGACAUCAGAAGCAGAUGAUGAUUCUCUUCCAGCCUGCAAAAAAGCCAAGUGUGAGAGCUGAAAAGAACCGUCCAUCUCAGUUGACACUCUGCCCUUUCAGAGUCCAUCAGCCACUCUGAACAGAAACGGAACCCCCAUAUGAUUCACUGUUUUCACUUGGAGCCAGAUGUCACUAGUCUAUAAAAGCAAUCUUAUAUUCAAGCCAUUAAAAUAACAAAACCUAGUAAAACAUUUAAAAAAAAAGACUGUCCCCUUACAUUAAUUUAAAUAUAUUUUAGGAGAAAAACAAAGACUAGUUUGUUUAUCCUUUGCAUUAAGUGAUAAAUGGCAGGUAUACGUAAGAUCUUUCAAUACAAGAGACUCUUUAAAAAUCUUUCUUAUUCAUUUUGAAGUUCAUGCUUUUCAGCUUCACUUGGUAUAUAUGGCUUAUUAUUUUUUAGUUUUACUGCUCAAAAAGUGAUUAUUUUGAGGACUAUUGAAACUUUUGCUAAAGGA